ACAGCUUCCGGUGGCGGGACGCUGGGCCGCGCACGCGGGAAAAGCUUCCCCAGUGUACCCCUAUCCCCUGUGUCCCUACCCCCCUUCCCCCGCAUCCCCCAGCGUGCCCACCGCCCGCACCCGGGCCGCCGCAAGGCUGCUGUUUGAGAGAUUCCCAACCUGCUGAGUAUCUGCACGCCCAUCCAGGAGUUGGGGCCUCGCUCCCAGCUGAGGCCAAAAGGGGCAGGACAGCAUGGCAGAAACACUGGAGUUCAAUGAUAUCUAUCAGGAGGUGAAAGGCUCCAUGAAUGAUGGCCGGCUGAGGUUGAGCCGUCAGGGCAUUAUCUUCAAGAACAGCAAGACGGGCAAAGUGGACAACAUCCAGGCAGGGGAGUUGACAGAAGGCACCUGGCGCCGUGUGGCUCUGGGCCAUGGACUUAAACUGCUUACAAAGAACGGCCACGUCUACAAGUACGAUGGCUUCCGAGAAUCGGAGUUUGAGAAACUUUCUGAUUUCUUCAAAACUCACUAUCGCCUUGAGCUAAUGGAGAAGGACCUAUGUGUGAAGGGCUGGAACUGGGGAACGGUGAAGUUCGGUGGGCAGCUGCUUUCCUUUGACAUUGGGGACCAGCCGGUCUUUGAGAUACCUCUCAGCAACGUGUCCCAGUGCACCACAGGCAAAAAUGAGGUGACACUGGAGUUCCACCAGAACGAUGACGCAGAGGUCUCUCUCAUGGAGGUGCGCUUCUACGUGCCUCCCACCCAGGAGGAUGGCGUGGACCCCGUUGAGGCCUUUGCCCAGAACGUGCUGUCUAAGGCGGAUGUGAUCCAGGCCACUGGAGACGCUAUCUGUAUCUUCCGGGAGCUGCAGUGUCUGACUCCCCGCGGCCGAUACGACAUUCGGAUCUACCCCACCUUCCUGCAUCUGCACGGCAAGACCUUCGACUACAAGAUACCCUACACCACGGUGCUGCGCCUCUUCUUGUUGCCCCACAAGGACCAGCGCCAGAUGUUCUUUGUGAUCAGCCUGGAUCCGCCCAUCAAGCAGGGCCAGACCCGUUACCACUUCCUGAUCCUCCUCUUCUCCAAGGAUGAGGACAUCUCCUUGACUCUCAACAUGAAUGAGGAAGAGGUGGAGAAGCGCUUUGAGGGGCGGCUCACCAAGAACAUGUCGGGAUCCCUCUACGAGAUGGUCAGCCGGGUCAUGAAGGCGCUGGUGAACCGCAAGAUCACAGUCCCAGGCAACUUCCAAGGGCACUCCGGGGCCCAGUGCAUCACCUGCUCCUACAAGGCGAGCUCGGGACUGCUGUACCCGCUGGAGCGGGGCUUCAUCUAUGUCCACAAGCCACCUGUGCACAUCCGCUUCGACGAGAUCUCCUUCGUCAACUUUGCCCGUGGCACCACCACCACACGUUCCUUUGACUUUGAAAUUGAGACCAAGCAGGGCACUCAGUAUACCUUCAGCAGCAUUGAGAGGGAGGAGUAUGGGAAGCUGUUUGAUUUUGUCAACGCAAAAAAACUCAACAUCAAAAACCGGGGAUUGAAAGAGAAAAAAGAGGGCAUGAACCCAAGCUACGACGAGUAUGCCGACUCGGAUGAAGAUCAGCACGAUGCCUACUUGGAGCGGAUGAAGGAAGAGGGCAAGAUCCGGGAAGAGAACGCCAACGACAGCAGCGAUGACUCAGGAGAAGAAACCGAUGAGUCAUUCAACCCAGGUGAAGAGGAGGAAGACUUGGCAGAGGAGUUUGACAGCAACGCCUCUGCCAGCUCCUCCAGUAAUGAGGGUGACAGUGACCGGGAUGAGAAGAAACGGAAACAGCUUAAAAAGGCCAAGAUGGCCAAAGAUCGCAAGAGCCGCAAGAAGCCUGUGGAGGUGCGGCCUCCCGAACGGGAGGGUGCUGGGGACCUGCGCUCUGUUCUCCCAUCCAGCGCCCAGAGGGCCUGUCCGUUGGUCCUCCUGGAGCUGCUCUUUGUAGCCAGUGGUUAUGGCCUGGAGGAGUAUCUUGGAAAUGUUUUCCUCUGGUCCUUGAGAUAAUUAGCUUCUGGGGCUCUGACCUGGGAGGUUUCUUUUGUCCCAGGAGCCCAAAAGAAAGGGGCCCCUAAUGAGCUAGGCCCUGGGGUGCAGAGGGGAGGAAGACACAGUCCCUGCCCUUAGGGAGCUCCUGCAGGUUAGUCCUUUCUCCAUUUUGUCCCCAGGUGGGUGAUCCAAGUAAUUUCUUUGGGAGAACGUGGGCUAUAGCGGCU